CGCCGCUCCAGAUGCGCCACCGCAGGAACGUCAGCGCAGACUCCAGCUUUCAGUCUUGCAUGGAACGAGCAUACGAGCAUCUUUAACCAGCUCGGCGACAGACUGGGGGAAAUUAGAAGAAAAAAAAAAAGCCGAGCACAAACAUAGCUUUUGCCGGCGUGUUGAAUGAGGAAUGGCAGAGGCAGAGGAUUUCCAGACAUUUACCUCAAUAAUGGAUGCCCUCGUCAGAAUAAGUUCCAACAUGAAGAGUAUGGAAAGAGAACUGUUGUGCCCAGUGUGCAGGGAGAUUGUGAAACAACCUAUCAUUCUCCCUUGCCUUCACAAUGUCUGCCUUCUUUGUGCCAGUGAAGUGUUGGUGCAACAUGGAUAUCAAGUGCCAGACCCUGUUAUCUCUGAGCCUUCAUCACCUGUCUCUUCCCCCAACACUCGCAGUCCAAGACAAGGGCGAAGGCCGCUUCCAAGAACUGAAAGACUUGACCGAGUUGUUCGAUCAGGUUAUGGCACAUAUCCUGGUCGCAGACGCAGAGAAGGCCCACCUCCUUCUAUACUGUUCCCAUGCCCAUUAUGCCAGCAUGAUAUUGAUUUGGGAGAACGUGGUCUAAUGGACUGCUUGCGCAAUCUGACUUUGGAACGAAUUGUAGAACGAUAUCGCCACACAAUCAGCCUUGGGUCCCCUGCACUGAUGUGUCAGUUUUGCAAGCCACCUACAUCACAAGAAGCCACCAAAGGAUGCAUCGACUGUCGGGCUAGUUUCUGCAAUGAAUGCUUUAAAUUGUACCAUCCAUGGGGAACCCCAAGGGCACAGCAUGAGUAUGGCGGGCCCACUGUUUCAUUCAGGCCCAAGGUACUGAUGUGCCCUGAGCAUGACCAGGAAAAGGUCUCAUUCUACUGCAAGACGUGUCAGAAGCUCGUCUGCCCGCUUUGUAAACUGCGUCGAAUUCACACUGGGCACAAAAUCUCCCCUGUUGCUAAUGCAUAUCAAGCACUCAAGGACAAGCUGACAAAAGGAAUCAGCUACAUCCUUGCCAACCAAGAGACAAUUCAGUUGCAGAUUAAACAAUUGGAGGAUCUUGUCAAACAGAAUGAGAUGAACAGCACCACUGCAAAGGAUGAGGCUGCUCGUGCUUUUCAGGAACUAAGCACCGCUCUUGAGGAGAGGCAAGCCAUGGUUUUUCAGUCUCUAGAAGAAUCACGGCACAGAAAAACUGAGGCUCUUUCCAGUCAAAUCACAGAGCGUCAAUCACUGCUGGAGAAUGCUGGCCUAGUGGCUUUCACUCAGGAGGUUCUGAAGGAGACAGACCAUUCUUGCUUUGUUCAAAUAGCAAAGCAAAUACACAACAGGAUGUUAAAAGCUACAGAAUCUCUUCAGAACUUCUCUCCUGCAGCAGAUCCUUCCUUUAGGCACUUCCAGCUGGACAUCAGUCAGGAACUAAAGCUUCUAAGCAAUUUAAGCUUCAUCAAGUCUCCAUUAGCACCAGUGAUAGACACCCAACGUACAAUGGCUUAUGAUCAGCUCUUCCUGUGUUGGCGCCUGCCUGUUGACUCUGCUCCAGCCUGGCAUUUCACUGUGGAGUUCCGGCGCACAGAGAUUCGUGGAGGAAAGGUUCCUCGUCUGUGGCAUCGUCUAGAGGAAGUGACGGGCACCAGUGCUGUAAUCGAUAGGCUGGAAAUAGACAGUGUAUAUGUGCUUAGAGUGAAAGGGUUUAACAAGGCCGGAUUUGGAGAAUACAGUGAGGAGAUCUACCUGCAUACUCCACCAGCUCCAGUGUUGAACUUCUUUUUGGAUGGCCGCUGGGGUUUUCAUCGAGACCGACUGAUCCUCAACAAGGACCAACGAGCAGUGCGCAGUGUUCCUGGAAUCCCGUUGCUGCAGGCAGCAGAGCGCGCCCUCACUUCUUGCCACUUAACCUCUGACCUCCUCAUUGGGGAUGUAGCAGUUACACAGGGUCGUCACUACUGGGCGUGCUCUGUGGACCCAGGCUCUUAUUUGGUGAAAGUAGGUGUUGGCCUGGAAUCACGGCUGCAAGAGUGGUUUCACAUGCCACAGGAUGUCACCAGCCCACGGUAUGACCCGGACAGUGGCCAUGACAGUGGAGCUGAAGAUGCUACAAUGGACACUCCACCACCAUUUUCUUUUCUCACAGUGGGGAUGGGUAAAGUACUUUUGCCACAAGGUAGUAACUCAGCCAGCAAUGCAACAAGUCCAAGUGCUGGAUUACAGCAUACAAGGGACCACACGACUCACUCUUCCCCCAGCUUGACCGUCCCGUUGCCUCCUCGUCUGGGAGUGUGUUUAGACUUUGAAAAGGGCCGUGUUUCCUUCUACGAUGCUGUGUCUCUGAGGCCCUUAUGGGAGGGCCCAGUGGACUGCUCAGCCCCAGUGUGCCCUGCCUUUUGCUUCAUUGGGGGAGGAGCUCUACAGGUACAAGAGCUGGUAGCCAAUCGCAUCCCAGAUCAACAGCCCAGACGUGUUACAAUUCAGUCACGAGUGAACUGAUUUAAGGUUCAAAUGUGUCAUCCAGCAGUAAUUAUAAAAGCUAUUAGAGAGAAGCAGACUGACUGACUGACUCAAUGGUCAGAUGAAAUCAUCAUGGCCACAAGCAGCCCAAAUAUCUGUAGGAGCAGUAAUUUGUGAAUAUUAUUAAAUAACAAACGAAAUACGAAUACUUGUAAGGCACAGAUCAUAAGGAUAAUCAGGUCUAAUCUUCAUGUAUGAGAUUGGCAGUAACACACCACCAAAGUGAAAGGCUGGUUGUGGAUUUGUAGCAUUUUUUUCUAUAUUAGAUUUUUUUUCUUUUAUAUAGUGAUGGCAAUUGAGAACAGCAGAUAACAAUUACAAGUGUUUAAAAACGCAUUAAGAUGUACUCCUUGGGCUGUGUUGUGAAUUGCCAUUGUCAGCUCACUGGCUGGUAGCUCACAUAUUAUUUCUGUCUAAGGUCCGAAUGAGCAGCUUGCAUUGUUUGUGGUCACUUGUGCAGAUGCAAAUGCAGAUUUAAAAUAAGUGGUCAGUGAAACAAAAGGAAAGACUUAGGGGCGCAUCAGUCAAAUCUGAACACCAUCCACGUUCAAAUUAUUCAGUCACAAACAGAAUUUUGAUUGUAUGAUAAAACUGAUUCCUACAAAUAUUCCUGACUUUGCGUAUAGUGGCAAAUGAAUGCUCCUUCUUACUGAAAAAGCUGUAGGCAUCAGUAUAAACACUCACGUUGUCACAGAGUAUACCAUUAUAGGGCUACACUCCCAUACUACGUACAAUCCGAUCAAACCUACAGACCAGACAGAAAGUAAAAACCACAAAAUUAAGAAACAUAACAGUAGACAAUGUAAAUAUUUUACUAUUUUAUACAGUUGCUGAUGAUGCUCCAAAGAACUAAGCACAGCCGUUAAUUAAUGCCUUUGUAGUUCUACUUGUUAUAAAGGCACCGUAUUACAUACACCAUAUUUAUUGCUAUACUCUAGCUGUUUCAUUUAUUUAUUUUUACGAAUGAAAAGAAAGUCAUGGCUUUUCUGAAACCUACAAAAACACAGUUUUCUAAAAUGGAUUUAGAUGGGAUUUGACUUUGAGCAUCUUUAAAAGCUUACAGAAAUAGCAGCAGUACUUUAUUGUUAAUCCACUGCACAACUAAGACUAAAAGACAGAAACAAUCUGAUUAUUAAGAGAAUUUCAAACUCAGACUCUUGUUUUAUUUUUUCUUAUUCCUUUGAUUGUCUUUUAUGGUGAGAGCCACACUGACUAGGGCAUUUUCUAGCAGCGGGUUUUCAAUAAUAGUGCCUUCAAGUUGGAGUUAUAAAUUAACUGUUUGAAGAAGUACGUGUGUUCAUCGUUAUCAGAUAUCAUGUAUUACUAAGUUAACGAAUGGUUUACCCUCCAGUCAUUUUAAUGAGGGUUGCAGGUGCAACAUGGCAGCUUAGGAAGUUAGCAUAAACCUCAAGGUACUUCUGAGAAUUAGAGAUACUGCCAGGGCUGCCAAGAGGUACAAUCCCUGCAGUAUGUUUGGAAUCUGCUCCUCCACUUAGCAGUGCUCCAUACAACCCUUGGGUGGCAUUCUAACUAUUUGCCCAAGCAAGCCAUAAUAACUCAAUCUGGAAAAGCAUCACGUUUACUACCAAGGUCCUCCCAGUCCUAUAUCAGAGAAUGAACCCAGCAACCCUGCAUGAGAAAGUAAUUUUGGCCACUUGUACUCGUAUUUCUCAUUCUCCCAGUCACUACCCAGAGCUUGUUAUCACAGGAUGUAGAUUGGCUAGUCUCGUAAUUACUCAGACAUUAAAUAUGUGUACAGGCUUAUCUUGAGCUCAGAUUUACAGUAAUGGCGAUAAUAGUUACCUAUAUCAGAGUGUGCAGUGACCUGGCUGAGAAUAUUUUUGCAAAGCCCAUUUAUUAUUCCAUACUUGCCUUUUGAAGGCCCAGACCUCUGUCUGAAUCACAGCAGCUAAACUGCUUUACUGCUACCGGGCUUUGGCCUUACCACAUUUUUAUUAGAAAAUGCCCUUUCCUAACAUGAUGCUUCUUGGACUUUCAAAUACCAAGUCAGGUGGUGAGUAUCUGUGGCUAUCCUAUCAAUUUACUGCAGUUUGUCUAUUCAGUAAUGAUAUAUUUGUUUUUAAUCUCGUGUGCAGAACAUUCUUUGAGAUACACGACACUCAGCAUCUUUUAGAAGUUAGAAUUCAUAUAAACGCCCCAUAUUAUACCCCAGUCUCAGUAACGUGUACUGCUUUCAACUAAAUGAAAAGUAAACAUACAAACACUUUAAUAAAUUUAUCCUCCUUGAAUGAUCUGCAUUACUGAAUGGGAAAAACUGCUACACAAGGAAGAAUAAACGGGAUGAUAUAACAGCAUUUUUAUGCCAACACAAUCAAAUUUUGAGCAGGAGGGGCAUGAGUUUCCAAACCGCCAGUCUAUCACAGGACCUAUGUACACAUCCACCCAUAGAGGGUAACAUCUGGGUUUGGCACUAAGCUCAACAUGCACAUCUUGGGCAACGUAGGAGGAAAACUUUAAACUAAACAAGAGCAACAAGCAGGCGCAGAAUAAAACCCAACAUGCUGGAUUCAUGAUGGAGCAGUACAUACCAGUAUAGCUCCAUGCUGUCCAUAAACUUUAUGCUUAUGUUAAAAGUCACCAAAUUUUUGGUGUAUUAGGGCCUUACACUCAAAAAUAUUAAUUACAAAGAUGAGUGAUGGUAUUAUUAUUGCAUGUAAUAGUGUCCAAAUCGGGGGAGACCUAUUCAUAUUCUUGAAAUGUGUUUCUCUAAAGAGAUGAAUGGAAUUAACAUGUCCCAACAUUUGCUGAAUAUACUAUGUGUAUUAUAUUGUAUGUGUAAUUACUUGUUUGAUUUGAAUUAUCUUCUAGUGUAAAAAGGACAAGAUCUUAUUCCAGUCAAUUAGCAUCUUCACAGAAGGGCGACUUUACUGCACAGUACUGUUUGCUGACAGGACCGAGGUUGAGCAGCUUAAUGACCCGAUAUAAAUCUCCAUUGUCUAGUUUGCAAUCUCUUUAACCGAAAACAAAAUAAAACAUCUUUCCUGGGUAUCUUGAUUAUAGCCAUAGAUCUGUAAAGUCCUGUAAUUAUCUUUAUUUCUUAAAUUAAUUAGGGGUUUUUUUGUAUAUAAUUGUAAUAUCAUCAAACUGUAAUUUGGUAUAGUGUCUUGAAUUGAAGUAAUGAGCCCCAAAACUCUUUCAUUUUGUUGGCCCAGAUUGUCUAUAAAAUUAAGAUUUUUACCUCUGCAGAUUACAAAUUUCUUCCCAACCUUGUCAUAGCAAAAGGAAAUACUGUAUGUCAAAACCUUUCAGCAGUCUACACAAAGUAGGAAAAAAAAAGUUAUUCAUAAUAUUAAAGAAGUAUUCAUUCCCUUUGUGACUACAAGUGAUUAUAGGAUUCUGCCUCAACCAGUCAUAAAGUUUGUUGAUGGAUGCUAUGUAAGAAAUUCAAGGAUUACCUAUUUUA